UUUGUUGUUGCCCGGAGUGUGUGUCCUGCCGCCUCGCACCCUCGCAGCGCCAGCUCCUGCCUUCCCACCAUGGUAUCUACGCUCUAAAGCGAGCUCUCUGUGCACUGUCCCACCCUCCUUUCCAUUUCCCUUCGCUCCCCCACGUUCCUUCUCUCUCUUGUAGUGCCUUUUCAGCUAUGGCUCGCGGUUUGAAGAAGCAUUUGAAGAGGCUCAAUGCGCCUAAGCAUUGGAUGCUUGACAAGCUGGGUGGCGCCUUCGCCCCCAAGCCCUCUCCAGGGCCCCACAAGGAACGAGAAUGUCUGCCUUUGGUGGUUAUGUUGAGGAAUCGGUUGAAGUAUGCCUUAACCUACCGCGAAGUGGUUGCCAUCGUGAUGCAGCGCCUCAUCUCCAUUGAUGGAAAGGUUCGAACUGACAAGUGCUACCCUGCCGGUUUCAUGGAUGUCAUCUCCAUUGCUAAGACAAACGAGAACUUCCGUCUAUUGUAUGACAAUAAGGGUCGUUUCACCCUCCACCACAUCAGUGCUGAAGAAGCUAAGUACAAGUUGUGCAAGGUGAGGUCCGCCCAAUUCGGUGACAAGGGCGUUCCCUACAUCACCACUUUUGACGGUCGCACUAUCAGGUACCCAGACCCACUUAUCAAGGCCAACGAUACAGUCAAGAUCAACCUUGAGACAGGAAAGGUGGUAGAGUUUAUUAAGUUCGACAUUGGUAACAUCGUCAUGGUUACUGGUGGGCGCAACAGAGGGCGUAUUGGGGUUAUUCAACAUCGUGAGAAGCACAAAGGAAGCUUUGACAUCAUCCACGUCACUGACUCCACAGGAAACCAGUUUGCCACUCGAAUGGGUAACGUGUUCACAAUCGGACAGGGUACGAAGCCCUGGAUCACCCUUCCUCGCGGUAAGGGUAUUAAGCUCAGCAUUGUUGAGGAGGCUAAGAAGCGCAAGGCAGUCACCAACCAAGUUGCCUAGAUUGUAUUUAUGGGCGUUCUGCAAUUUUGACAUUUGCCUUUUAGAGGAAAAUGAUUCUAGUAAAGAGUCUUCGAGAAAGUUGAAUCUUUACUGUUCCUGACUUUUGUCUAUGAAUCGACUCCAUUGACUGAAAGUUAUGAUUUGUUAUUACAUGAUGUCAAACCCAGGGUCACCUUUUCGUAAGGCCAUAUUAUUCUAAAAUGUCUAUAUGAAGUUUCUGUAUUAUCUA